UACAACUAGGUGAACUCACACACAAGUAAAAAAAUUUGUGCUAUUUACCUAAGCUUUUUUCACCUCACAGAGGUAUCUCUGUCGGUUUCUCUGCCUUGAGAGUUACUGUUGUGUUUUUUCCUAUAGACAACUGCUAUAAACAUGCCUUGCUUCUAUGCUCAGUUUAUGAACACCAGCUAAAUUUCCUUCAUAGUGAGAAAGAAAGAUGAAGCAUCUAGCUUUUGCUAUUCUAUUGUCCAUUUUGAUCCACCAGCAGUGCUUUCACAUUCAUGUUGAAGCAGGAGAUGGUUUCAUCAGAACCAGAGGAGUGCAUUUUCUGCUGAAUGGAAACCCUUACUAUGCCAAUGGCUUUAAUGCUUACUGGUUGAUGUAUAUGGCUUCUGACCCAUCUCAAAGAUCCAAAGUUUCUGCUGUCUUUAGUGAAGCCUCAAGGCAUGGUCUAACUGUGGCUAGAACUUGGGCUUUCAAUGAUGGUGGUUACAGAGCUCUACAGUACUCUCCUGGCUCCUACAAUGAGCAAGCGUUUAAGGGCUUGGAUUUUGUUAUAGCUGAGGCCAGGAGGUAUGGAAUCAAGCUCAUACUGAGCUUGGCUAACAACUAUGACAGCUUUGGAGGUAAGAAACAGUAUGUGAAUUGGGCUAGAAAUCAGGGACAGUACCUGACCUCUGAUGAUGACUUCUUUAGGAAUCCUGUUGUUAAGGGUUACUACAAGAACCAUAUUAAGACUGUUCUAAACAGGUAUAACAGCUUUACUGGAAUUCAUUACAAAGAUGACCCAACAAUAAUGGCCUGGGAGCUUAUCAACGAGCCUAGGUGCACAUCAGAUCCUUCAGGGAGGACCAUUCAGGCUUGGAUAAUGGAAAUGGCUUCCCAUGUAAAGUCCAUAGACAGAAAUCACUUGCUGGAAGCUGGUUUAGAAGGAUUUUAUGGGCAAUCGACGCCUCAGAGGAAGGGACUCAAUCCAAGUCUUGAAAUAGGAACAGAUUUCAUUGCAAAUAACCGGAUCCCUGGCAUAGAUUUUGCAACAGUCCACACAUAUCCUGAUCAAUGGUUGUCCAGCUCAAAUGAACAAUACCAGCUUUCUUUCUUGAACAAUUGGCUAAAUGCUCACAUCCAAGAUGCACAGUACAUUCUUCGUAAACCAAUCCUUCUUACUGAAUUUGGGAAAUCCACAAAAGACCCUGGUUUCAGCACCCACCAAAGAGACCUCUUGUUCAAUACCGUGUACUACAAGAUAUACUCAUCAGCUAAAAGAGGAGGUGCAGCUGCUGGAGGCCUGUUCUGGCAACUUCUAACUGAAGGCAUGGACUCAUUCCGUGAUGGGUAUGAGAUAGUUCUGAGCCAAAGCCCCUCAACUGCAAAUGUUAUUGCCCAACAGUCUCACAAGCUUAAUCAGAUUAGGAAGAUUUUUGCAAGAAUGAGAAAUAUGGAGAGGUGGAAGAGGGCAAGGGCUAUCAGAAGGGCUCAAUGGUUGGCUAGAAACGGAGGCAAGCAGAUUGGAAACUAGGAUAUGCAUAGCUUGCAUGAAAUCUAAGUUUGUGGACAUGUUCAACGUCAAAGUAAACCUAUUUGAUGGUGUAGUUGUGACUUGUGUGGUUUCCAAAACUGGUUACUCUCUUAGAGAUGAAUAAUUUUCGUCCAGGAGGGUAGCUUUUAGUACUAGGUAAUGUAACUUUUCUAUAAUUUUGUAGUUUGAGUAGCUCAAGGAGCUUUAUGUUUGUAACAAUCUGGAGACUUAUGGUACUUGCUUAUUUUCAUUGAGAGAUGAAAACAAGACUAUACAAAAAUGAAUUGUAAAAUCCUAUCUAUAUUACAAUGGAAUACAAAAUUCUAUGCUAAGUUGAAUAA